CUUGUGAUUGUAUGCAGCAGAUACCUCCUCUAGUUUGGAGAAAUUUGUAUGGAAUCAAUUCAUUUGCGUUUCUUUGCCAGAAUUAUUCUGAGGUUUUUUGAUCAGUAUGGUUGAGUUUCAUUUGGAAACAUUCCCUUUGGAGUCGGUCACGAAGUCUCAGCUUCGGCGAUUGGUUGAAGCUCUAUGGGGCUGGAAACACUGCAUUCACAAUGAAGAUGAGCAGUCCAAGCUCGAGAUCAUGAAGUUCGAACCCUACUUUCAGUUCUAUAGAGAGAUUACGGCGUCGUAUGUCUCUGAUGCUUUUCCGCCAGACGAGAUUCAAGCUUUGCGGUCGCACGACGAUCUGCAUGACCUUAUCCGGUUGAUCAGGUCUAAUCCAGAGGUGCAGAGAAUCAAGUUGGCGGAAGAUUACUUCUCUAAGAGGCAGAUGGGAAAGAGCACCUUGCCAGAAGAUGAGAAGCAAGUCUUCAAUCUAGCUGCCAAGGCUAUCCUCAUGGUCAGCUGCUCGUACGAAGGACAAGCUGGUGGUAUCGAAACAGCCGUCUGGAGGAACGAUCAGUCUGCGCGGGAACUUGUAUCAACCAUGUUCCCAGUCAGAGACCAUCCUGACCUCAACAACCCUGGCGAUUCCUUACCUGACAUCAAAUCAGCCUUGAAAGCAACAAGGCUUAAAAAAGUCGCUGGACUAUCAUUCCAAGGCACAGAUGACCUUCGAAACCACCUUCGGAUGGAUCUCAAAACUGGAGUCGUCGAGCUUUAUCACCACACUGCCUUUCUGAAGGAGUGCCUCAAAGCAUCGAAGGAGACUCAUACAGAGUAAGGUCUCGAAAUCAAAUGACUAUCGAGUGCCAUUACUGACAUAUAAUAGGCCGCUCCUACCGCGGCAGCUAGCAUUGGAGACUCUAGACUCUCUCCAGAAUAUCCUUUUUCCCCUAGACAAGGAAUCG